GAACGUCUUUGUCAACCGCUUAUUUUCGGUUAAAGUGAUUCGUUUUCUUUUUAUGGAUUGAUUUCGUGGAGUUCCACAAGGCUCACCAUAGCGGCCCAUAUUAAUUUCUUGUUGCUUCAGGAUUUUAUAAACACGACAAUAACCCGCUAUGAUCAAAGAUAUUAGCAGAAAAUUUAAACUUGCGGAUGUUAGGAAUGAUAUCCUGUAAGAUCGGUCGCCUGUUAUUACGGAUAAGUUGAGCAAAAUGGGUGGAAAUACCCAACCGACCAGCGAUAGCCAAAACAUGCGAAGUUUUGUAACAUGGACUUUGAAAAAUAUGGGAUACGCCACGGCGAAAAAUCUUUCCCCGGUUAUAAAUAAUACUGUAAAUAACGAGGACUGCAUUGUAUAUAAUGCAUAAUAAUGGAAAUAUGCCAUAGUUUGAUAAGAUCCACUGAGAAUGAACACCAUUCGAAGCAUGACAAACAGGCCAGUCAAGCCAUCGGUAAUUGCCAAAUUUGUGACUAAAACUGUCCCCGGAGUUCGGAACUUUUUAAUAGGGUCGAAAUAAAGCACCAACAACAAGAGAAAGUUUAAGAGCAUAGCUGAAGAUCCGAGAGUAAUGUUUAAGCCAACGAUUGCCAUGUGAAUAUCGCCUGGACUCCAUUCCGUGUUGUUGUUCAUCUUGAAUUAGUGUUGCUCCAGUGUGACAACAAUCGUUUUUAUGUUUAAAUAGUUUAUCAGUACGAGUAAAUGCAGUUGGCCUUUCUUAAUAUUCCUUCAUACACUUUUAUUAUCACUUAUGCGCUGUUUAUCUUGCAUUGCCCAAAAUGAUGACACGAAUGAAAAUAUACCGAAAAUACCUCAUAAAGACUAUUUUUCAUUUGAAAAUAUUUCAUUAAGUAUUUAAGACUAUUUUUCAUUUGUCAUUAAUAAUGACUUCGUAGACUUUUUUAUUAACACUAAUUGCACUGUUCGUCUGUCAUUCAUACAAAAUGUUGACAUUUGAUGAAAACAUAACCGAAAAUAUUUCACUAAUAUUAGAUUUUUCAUUAAGAAUGUUUUAAUUUACUCAUUAAUAUUCUGAUUCAUUAACUAUAUGUUUUUCACUUCCCUCAUUGAUCCUGUGUUACUACAGGAGGAAACCUAAACUAAACUAGCUUUGUUUAUACUGGAUAGCUCUAUCAGUUCUGAACUGUUCUUCCUAUAUAGAGGUCUAGUAAGGAUCAUCUCUUAUUGAUCCAGUGUUACUACAGGAGGAAACCUAAACUAACUUUAUUUAUACUGAUUACUGGAUUUGACACAGGAAUAGUUAAACAUUCUAGUUAUAAAACAACAAGCCAAUUUACUUUUUAUUGCUUUAUGGCGUAAAUUUUUUUCCUAAUUUGCCUGACGGUUUGUCGUUUGUGAACGCGAAGCUUAUAUAAUUAAGCGGCUCUCUAGUAAUGUGAAAUAAUGACGGUAAAAUUAUUAAUCACUGUUUUCACCUGCGGUUACGAAAGCUGAUGGAGUGAAUUAUCACAAAUUGAUUAUUUUUUUUUAGUUUACUUUAUCGUAAAAAUAGCAAGUGGAAAUUAAAAAUUGUUAAGAAAAUUAAAAAAAUUGAAAUUAAUUGCAAUGACGUAAGGCGGUGUUUGGCGUAUGUGAUGUGUCAAUGGACCAUUUGCAUUAUAGACUAAAUUUUGAUCUAGACAGAAAUUUCAUCACAGCUUGAAAGAGCAUCACAAAAUUAGUAAUAUUCCAAAGUUUCGUUGCGAAAUGUUGUAAAAUGCGGAUAAUAUAGCCAUGCGAAGUUUGCCGUUUUUCAGUCAUUUUGUAUUACGCACGGGAAAUUGACAGCCCAAUCGGGUGUUGGGGCAUCAAUUUCCCGUUUGUAUUACAAAAUGACUGAAAUUGCAAAUUUAGCAAGGCUAUAUUAUCGGCAUUUUACAACAUUUCGCGACGAAACUUUGGAAUAUUACUAAUUUUGUGAUGCUCUUUCAAGCUGUGAUGAAAUUUUUGUCUAGAUCAAAAUUUAGUCUAUAAUGCAAAUGGUCCAUUUAUUUCUGCAAAACUUUCGAAACGUAAGCCCGGAUCUGAGCACUGAUCAUGUUUGUAGUGUUUCCACAAACAAAAAGUAUUAUAGGUUAUAUUGUUCCAAUUUUAGCAGCGAAAUUAAUUAUUGGUUUCCUGAUGAUUUAAAAUGCUUGUUUACUAGGCUUUUGCAUAAUGUCAAAAAUCUGUCAAAAUAAUGAGUAAUUGACCAUUUGCGUAAUAGACUAAAUUUUGAUCUAAACAAGUCUAAACAAAAAUUUCAUCACAGCUUGAAAGAGCAUCACAAAAUUAGUAAUAUUCCAAAGGUUCGUUGCGAAAUGUUCUAAAAUGCGGAAAAUAUAGCCUUACGAAGUUUGCAAUUUUCAGUCAUUUUAGAUUACAAACCGGAAAUUGACAGCCUCAAAGGGUUUGCAAUCUAAAAUGACUGAAAAUUGCAAACUUCGCAAGAUAUAUUAUCCGCAUUUUACAACAUUUCGUAACGAAACUUUGGAAUAUUACUAAUUUUGUGAUGCUCUUUCAAGCUGUAUCAUUACAGCUUGAAAGAUCAAAAUUUAGUCUAUUACGCAAGUGGUCAAUUGAAGGCGGGAUAAGGCAGCACUUUCCUUGCGAUAGUAACUUGUAGUUUAAAAAUGCUUGUUUACUAGGCCUUUGCAUAACGUCAAAAAUAUGUCGAAGCAAUGAGUCACUGGAGAACAGUGACGUUUUCAAAAUGAUGAUAGAACAGCGCUUGUUCGCGUGCGUUAGUGCGUACCUAUUCUUAUAGGAAAUUGGUCUCAAAUGGAAUAAUUUAAUACACUAUCAUACAACAACAUACACUAUCCUAUAACAUCAUAUACUAUCAUCAUAAAAUGUCCUGUACUAUCAUACACUAUUAUAUAGCAUCAUAUAACAUCAUAUACUAUCAUAUAGCAUCCUCUAACAUCCUAUAACAUCAUGUACUAUCAUAUAUUAUCAUAUACUGUCCUAUACUAUCAUGCACUAUCAUAUGACAUCAUAUAGCAUCAUAUAAGAUCCUAUAACAUCAAAUACUAUCAUAUAACAUCAUAUACUAUCAUAUAGCAUCAUAUAACAUCCUAUAACAUCAAAUACUAUCAUACUCUAUCAUAUUUUGAUUCGUCAUGAUGACAAUGCAAUGACAAGACGAAAACACAACAAUGACACAAAGUUUUAUUUUUACGAACGUUCUUGAUAUAAAAACACUGCUUGCUUCGUCAAGACAUUUAUAUUAUACAUCAAGAAGGAAUAUUUAUGACAAUGGCUGAAAAUGCCGACCUGAUUUCGUUGGGGAAACAUUGUUUUGUUGAACAUUGCAAGCAACUAGAUUUUCUACCAUUUAAAUGCACUUUCUGUCAAGAAACCUUUUGGUAUGUCGGGAUUUUUGUUUUUGAUUUGAGUUUUGAUCAAUCUUCAAUAUCUUAAUAGAUUGCUUCAAUCUUCUAUUAUAAUUUUGCUUCAAACUUCAAUGGAGUUUCAUGUUGACAGAUUUGUAACAUAUUUAAUUAAUGUAACACCAUAUUUUUUGUAACAUUUUGUAACAACUUUUAUUCAUGACUCAACAAGUCUAGCACAGUAGAACUCGCUUAGGGCCUGUUCAUAUGGAAACCGGGUAUGGCCCGCUAAGCGAGGCAGCCCGAUAAGCGAGAUCUCGCUGUCUAGUUAUUUUUAUAGUAAAAAUUAUUGUGCGUUUAUAUGGACAAGCGGGCUAGCCCGGUUGCUGAGAUCUUGCUUGAAAGAGGCAAGAUCUUGCUUACCGGGAUGGAAAUUUCUCCAUAUAAACACUCGCGAGUGGGCUAGCCCAGUUGCCGGGAUGAAAGUUCAAAGAUACCGCCGCAAGCUAUUUUUAAUUUACUGUCAAAACAAUAACAAAAUAUUAACCAAUAAAGCUGUUAAACCUGAGUAGGGAGUCAAACCAUAUCUGAUGUCAAAUUUUAUUCUAAUUUAUAGUCUAGAACACAGGACAGCGGAAUCACACCAAUGUCCAAAAAAUUAUGGGACCGAUGUAAGAUUCAUUGUUGUUUGAAUACAUGUGUAUAGAUUUUUAUAGUUUGAAUAAGAAUGUUAACAUUUUGAAUAAAUUACGUCAUGACUUCUGUUUGAAAUAAAGUGUGUUAAUUUAUUAAUGUAGAUUCAUGUACCAAUAUGUCCCCUGUGUGGGCAGAUUGUAAAGAAGUCGAGAAACCAAGAUGCCAAUACUCAGGUUAGAUGAUGUAUUAUUUUAUACCAGAUAAUUAUGUACUAUUUAAAACAUGUGUAGGAGUGUUUUAUCAUAUUUAAAAUGCGAGUGUGCAUAAUUAUAAACGAGAAUUUUGACACAAUAUUUAGGUGAGCUAUCAUAUUCAAAGUGGCUGUAAGGAACUUGUCGUCAGUCAGAAGCCAAAGAAAGAAAAAAGAUGUACAUUUAAAGGUUGCAAACGACAUGAAGUGUUGCCUUUUCAUUGUGAUCAAUGUCAAAGACAGUUUUGUGUUAGGUAAAAGACAAAUUUACAAAGUAUAGCAUAUUGAACUAACGUUGAACAGCUGCCUGUCUGAAUGCUUGUGGUCAUAGGCUCAUUUACACUAUCAAAGUUUCUGUGAUCACAGUAGGAAUUUUGCAUGCGUAAAUUGUUCAUUGUUUAAAACUGAGUCGGAUGCCGCAAACAUUUCUUACAAAACCUUCAAAACUUAGAAUAUUUACCCAUGCAAAAUUCUUACUGUGAUCACAGAAACCACCCUCAUAGUUCUAUCAGUUUUAUAUAUAAUGUACUAAUUAUAUUUCUCCAAUUUCUUUUUGAAGACACAGACAUGCUCAAGACCAUAUGUGUUACACAAAAGCAUUCUAUCCAGUUGUAACAUGUGCGUAAAACAGCCGCAGCUUUGGACGUUAGUCUACUGUGGAUACUUGAGGCUUUUAAGAGCUCACCUGACAUGGCUAAGUUUGUAAAUAAGUAAAUAAUGCACUUGGAAGCGCUUACGUCACAUAAUUAUUAAACAAUGAAUUAUUGACCCAAACGUAUGGUAUACCAUGCAUGAUUUAGAGUGGCUUUAUUAUGGCACUCAGUUGUAACACUGUUACACAGUGUUACACAGUGUUAAACAAUGUUGCAUAUUCUUACAUAGUGUUCCAGUGCUACAUAGUGUUACACAGUGUUACAUAGUGUUACAUUGUGUUACACAUUGUUACAUAGUGUUCCACAGUGCUGCAUAGUGCUACAGAGUGUUGACAGUGUUACAUAGUGUUACAUAGUGUUGACAGUGUUACAUAGUGUUACAUAGUGUUCCAGUGCUACAUAGUGUUACACAGUGUUACAUAGUGUUACAUAGUGUUACACAUUGUUACAUAGUGUUCCACAGUGCUACAUAGUGCUACAGAGUAUUGACAGUGUUACAUAGUGUUACAUAGUGUUACACACACUACUCCUAACCCCACCCCUAACCCCACCCCUAACCCCACCCCUAACCCUACUCCUAACCCCUACCCCUACAUAAAGAUAGUGUAACACUUGUAACACUGUCACCAGAGUAUAUACUUGAUAAUACACUCUAAAUCAUGCAUCAUAUGUAUCUCACAAUGCACUGUGCAUUCCAGAUGUCCUCUGUAUUCAAAUUUGUGACAAAUUGUGUGACAUAAGCAAUUCUAGGGUCUAUUAUAUACAUAAUGUUUCUAUGUGCAAAGAAAAUUGGUCAAUAUCGUAUUUGUAAAAUUGGUCAUUAUCGUAUAUAUAAAGUAUGUAUUGAAUUUAUUGAUGAGAUAAACACUGACACUCCAUGCAUUAAAAACAGGUUCAAUAGUAAUUAUAUUGGAGAACACCUAUACAUUGCAAAACUUAUAUUUAGGCUAGUAGAUUAUAAAGAUUAAAGGGGAAGUCAAGUCCGUAAUGUAAACAAACGGUUUGUUUACAUUUUGAACUGCUGUAUUUUUUAAAAUAUGAUGUACUGUCUGAAUAUCUGACACCAUUUUGGUUCGUUAUGCUUCUACAUGAAUAUGAAAUAGAGUUUGUGUUCAGAAAAAUUCGAAACAUUCAAAAUUUGGGCAAUGUUUACCUCAGAGGGCCCUCUAUUGUUAUGCGCAGAACCGAUGCGCAGAACGGACUUGACUUCCCCUUUAAUAUGAUAAUGAAUAAUUAUUUAUAAAGUAUAAAAUCAAAAUCAAACUUCCAGUUCUCAACAAUUAUUGUGUCAUUAAUGAAUCAUUUUGAUAAUUAUUAUUUGAACGUAUUAUUAAAUGGUUAUCCUGCAAAUAACUCAAUUUUUCAUCAACAUUAAAGUUCUGAUGUGUAAAUAAACGUUCUCUGAAAAUCACUUUGCGAAUGGGUUCAAAUUUCAAGUCUUUCAUUAUGAAGAAACCUGAUAGAAAUGUAAGAAUUUCAUUAUUGUAUAUUGUGCGUAUUCAAAGAUGAAUAGUUUUUUACUGUAUUAAUGAGAAGAGUAAUAUUAAAACUCUUGGGAACCAUGGUAAUUUUUUUGCUUGUGGUGUUGUGCAUUUCGGUGAAGAUAUAUGUUUGUGAUUUUCUCUGUGUGGAUCAGUUCUCUCUGUCCACGCCGAGAAAACGUUUCAGCUAUCCCGGUAUAGACACACUCAAGACAACAUCACAAACAUACUGUAUAUCAUGGACUCAUGGUAAUUAUUUAACGUGUCUUUCAUGCCCUUGAAUAUUCCAGUAUUCUAGCCUGCGUAGCGGCUCUCAGAUUUGAGAGCCGCUACGCAGGCUACCGGUAUUCCAAAUUUCAAGUCUUUCAAGGGGCCUAAUAAAAAUGUAAGAAUUUUAUUAUUGUAUAUUGUACAUAUAUAUUCAAAGAUGAAUCGUUAUUUACUUGUACAGUUGUAUUAAUUAAUGAGAAAAGCCUUGUAAAACUCUCGUAAAUCAUGCUGAUUAUUGCCGCGUGUGUUUCUGCGCUUGGAUAUUCCACUAUACACAAAAGCGUCUGCUGCGCGCAAACAGUCAAACGAGCGGAACAAAUAAACGCCCUGUUUCCCUUCUGCAUGUAGAAUUUUCUCGGUGCGAACAUGUCAGAGCAGCAUUUCGUUCAAAUUGAACGGAAGGAAUUCAGGAAUGACAUGUGCGCAAAGGCGCGCGUUGACAAAAAGCGCUCAAGCACCAUUAACAAGUGUGUCAAUGUCGAAUUGACAUUGUUGAAGAAGUGUUCAAAUCACGGUUAAUAUAGCGUGGUUUACACUAUCAAAGUUUCUGUGAUCACAGUAGGAAUUUUGCAUAGGUGAAUUCUAAGUUUUGAAGGAUUUGUAAGAAAUGUUUGAGGAACAGAUUCAGUGUUUAACAUUAAGCCAGUUUCCUCAAACCGAUUUCUUACAAAUCCUUCAAAACUUAGAAUUUACCCAUGCAAAAUUCCUACUGUGAUCACAGUCGCUUUUCAAUUAUCGCUUUUCUGUAAAAAUUAUCGCUUUUCAAAACUGUCCUUUAUAUACCAUGUUCAACACGAGAAAUAAAUCUGAUAUUUCCGCGCACCCAUGAAUUAUUCUCUAUUUAAUCACACGAUCAAUAUGUCUCCCUUCCAUUAACCAUGUACAAAUCAGGUCCACUUCGAUGUAAAUGUAUAAACUUUCUUACCUUUAUUGUUGGUUUUUCUUCCAUACUUCGUGUUGUGACCGAAUCACUUUAAUCGCUUCAGCCGUCCUCCUGAUUAGAGCGAGGACCUCCUCAUUCACUCUACUCUGAAAUGUUUGAAAAUUAAGUUGUUACAUUGUUGAUGAUGAUGAUGGUGAUAGAGGUAUAUGGUGUAGUGAUGAUUCGAUGAUGAUGGUGUGGUGAUGAUCCAGUGAUGAUGGUGAUAAUGGUGCUGAUGAUGGUGCUGAUGAUGGUGGUGGAUGUGGUGCUGAUGAUGGUGCUGAUGAUGGUGGUGGAUGUGGUGGUGGUGAUGAUGGUGGUGGUGAUAAUGGUGGUGAUAAUGGUGGUGAUGAUGGUGCUGAUGAUGGUGGUGGAUGUGGUGUUGAUGAUGAUGAUGAUGGUGAUAGAGGUAUAUGGUGUAGUGAUGAUUCGAUGAUGAUGGUGAUAAUGGUGCUGAUGAUGGUGCUGAUGAUGGUGGUGGAUGUGGUGCUGAUGAUGGUGUGAUGUGAUAAUGGUGGUGAUAAUGGUGGUGAUGAUGGUGCUGAUGAUGAUGGCGAUGAUAAGGUGGUGAUAUGAUGAUGAUGGUGAUGAUAAGGUGGUGAUGAUGAUGGUGAUGAUGGUGGUGAUGAUGGUGGUGAUGAUGGUGCUGCUGAUGAUGGUGAUGAUGGUGGAUGUGGUGGCGAUGAUGGUGAUGGUUGA